UCAGCCACGCCUUUCAUUAGGUCCGUGACCGAAGUCAAUAUGGAGCGUCAGCAUUAGACAACACACGGAUCUUCGUCGCCGAGACCCGCAAUUUAAUUUUUGAGCAAAUCUUCGGAUUGGCGAGAGCGCAGUCAUUCCAAGAAACAUGCGUAGACUGAGAGUGCGCUUGGCGCUAAUAUCGCUCCUCUUAUGGAUGACGACUGCGUUCCAACAAAGUCAACGGAUUCGUCCAUCGACGUCGGAAAUAAGCCGUUCGAGGCAUGUCAUGCUACUCUCAUUGGAAUAUUUAAAACAUGACCUGUGGCUUCCCUUGAUUGCGGAAGACCCCGGAGCUGUGCAGAAGAGGAUUGUACAAGUUGGCAGCGGUAAAAUAAAUUCCGAGGGCGCCGUUGUUGGCAUCGACUACGUUGGCACCUUGGCAAGUUUAGGCAACGAAUGGACACCACAUGAAGUUGUCGAUUGCUGGCUGAAAUCACAGCAAGGCAUGGAAGGGUUGAUCGACGCAUUCUUGCUGCACAACAUCGACGGAGCUAAACUACUCGAACCCGACUACUUGACGGAAGCGUUCGUCACGGACACACUGGGCGUCUCCAACAAGAUUCAAGCCAAAAAACUUAUCAUGGCGGCAAAGCGAUUACGGAAACAAACGGAGGAUUACGCAAUUGGAGACGUCUUUGACUCGGGGACAUCCACGUUCACGCUAGGCCAAAGCAAGAUGAUUCGUGCCAUUGAAAGCACUGUGGCUACCAUGAAACUGGGAGAAACAUGCAGAGUACUAUGUCGGUCAGACUACGCCUACGGUUCGGAAAGCUUUCGGCGGAGGAAUGGAGAAGCUGUUGUACCACCAUUCGCCACGCUGUGUUUUGAAGUUUCUUUGACGCAUUGCUAGCGCGACAAUGACAGAAGUACCUGAAUGCGCGUGGAGCUAGAGAGCCGUGGAUGAUCCAAAAUUGAAUAGUAAAGCAUGAAUUACUUACUCAAUCAUAGUCUCGUUUCCGCCUUGUCUCUACUUUUGCCUUGGUUUUCCAUUGCUGUACACGGUAAGAAGAUUUAUAGCUAGCUAAUCGAGAAGAGGUACCAACCGGUAGAUUCAGCGAGGAUGUUUUACAUUACAAUAUCACAGUCAGUA